GAUAGAGUGGACAAGUUUCCCUGUUUUCAUUUCGUGUUUUGACUUUAAUGUGUUAUUGAAUUAAGUUUUCCUACACUGAUGUCGAAAAGUGCUUUGGACAAUUGUAAUUCAACCCAAAAAUUUGCUGAGUGCGUCGUGCGUCUUAUGUGAUAUUUAUAAUUUAAAAAAAUAAAGACAUGAAUUAAGACUGAAGCUAUUAGAGGUGUUUAAUAUUAGCGUGUAGUGAAGAAAAAUGGCGAUGAGUUCAGGGAAGGUGUCGCUGGGCGAGGAGGAGGAGGAGGAGGACGUAGAGGCUCUGCGUCUCGCCGCGCUGCGCACGCUGCACUCCCGCAAGGCGGCCGCGCCCGCGUUCCCCGGACAUGUUCCGGGCAUGUUCCGGGUGCCCCCGCCGCCCCCGCCCAGGAGGGGCCACGCCAUGCACCCCAAGAGGAACCUCAACGGCGUUCCCCCGAAGAUGGGCGGACUGUUCCGGAGGCACAGGAUAAACUCGAACCUGAUCUCCAUAGUGCCGAUCAGCGACGAGCCGAGCCCGGCGGCGAUCGAGGCGCCCCCGGCCCCCAAGCUGGUGCUCCCCCAGGACAGGUACUGCCGGACGCCCGACGUGGAGACCCGGUCCAAGACGUCAGUGCCGACCAAGUUCAGCCGGUACGACGACUCCGACUCUGAUUCGUCAGCCGAAAGCGACGAGGAAAGCGACAACAGCAGGUCCCGGAAGCGAAGAAGAAAUGAAUUGGACUCGGGAGGAGGCAUCAAGGAAGAGCCAUUGGAUGAGAAAAUUAUGCCAACAAGUGAAGACACACCGACACCUGACGUUGAACAUUUACAAACUUCUAAAUUCCCAGUGGCUGAAGAAGCUUAUAAUAAAACAGUGAAACAUGUGUGUGCUGCAGUUGGUGUUACUCAUGAAGUGAAAGCUGUGGAAGAACAGGAAGUAAGUUUGGAACUGUUGAUGCAGCAGUUGAAUGAAGCGAUUGGUGACGGCCAGUCUAGCGUGAAGGUAGAGUCGGCAGUUACUAAGCAGACGCCUCAUUUGGCCCCAAAUACUGUUUUACCAACUUCACCCGUCACUAGAGUUACACCUUACAUUGUGAAAAAACAAGAACCUACUCCUGCAAGUAUUCCACGUGAAUUGAACGGUGACUCUAGAUUUGUGGGGAGUGCACCUGCCACUAUCCAAGGAGUUAAUUGCUUCAAGAGUGAAAAGGUACCUCAGGUAGCAAGUUCGUCAGGAGCAAACGUGUCUCUCAACACAGAAGGCAACAUGUUGCCAUUGGAGAACGUUGUUUCUCAUCCUAGAGUGUACCACAGCAGUCCUAACCUGAAGCUCCAGUUUUCUGGAAAGCCGAGGUCACCACAGUACUGUAACCCUCGGUCACCCAACAAGGAAAUGUCUCCGAGACGUGCGAGACGGGUCUCACAGUCACCCCCGAGGGAGCAGUCUCCUCCUGGUGCAAGAUAUUCAGAAUCCAAAGCCAGGAGGCCUAUGUCGCCAAAAUUCAGACAAGUUUCACCAAAGAGAUCUCUUUCUCCAGUUAGAAGGCGGUCGCCCAGUCCGCAGAGGUUCCGUUCUCCUACUUCUGAGUCACGGAGGGCUUCUUCUCCGAGACGUUCCUUGUCGCCCAGGCCUGCAAAGUCUCCUCGCAGGUACUCGCCGGCCAGACAGCGCUCCGUAUCUCCUCACAGGUAUGCCUCCCCCGUAAGAAGGCAUUCUCGAUCUCCACGCAAGCAGCGCUCUGUCUCGCCGCCCAGACAUUGUUCCAGGUCCCCGCGCCGGCACCACUCUCCAUCGCCAAUCAGGUUGCGGAGAUCCUCGUCUCCAAACAGAAGGCGCUCUCUGUCCCCACGCAGACGCAGCCAGGUGUCUCCUCAGUCUCCUCGAAGACAGUUGUCUCCCGUGCGCAGACCAUACUCUCCCCCUCCGAGACAACCGGCACUCGUGCGCAGACAGCGUUCGUCAUCUCUCCGCGGCAACUCCUUGUCUCCGUGCAGGCUGCGGUCCCCUUCACCGCUCAGACAGCGCUUCCUUUCCCCUCGCAGACAGCGCUCGCCUUCCCCGUCCCUGCGCAGGCUCUCUCCUCCGCGCAGGCUGCGUUCUCCUCUGCGUCGACUCGGCUCACAUUCCCCUCUGCACAGGCUUGGUUCCCGGUCACCUCUGCUCUUGCGCCGGCGAAGUUCUCGUUCUCCUCUCCGCCGACUUAAUUCCCGUUCGCCCUCCCCUCGACUGCAGCAUCCUCUGUUCCCGGCCCAUAACGCAUCUCCUCGGAGGCUAAGGUCACCGUCGCCACGUAGGCCUUCUCCCAGACAACGCUCGCCGUCUCCUUUCAGAGCGCGGUCAAGGUCGCAGUCCCCGUGCAGAGACUGUGCUCGAUCCCCAUGCAGGAAGCACUCUUCUUUCCCGCGCAAGCGCUCGGCUUCACCUUGCCGUCUUCACUCCCCUAUGUCACGUAAACAGCAGUCGCCUUUGCCGCGCAGGAAACAGUCCCCGCCGUCGCAGAAGCUGGUCUCUUCUCCUCCGUUCAGGAAACACAUGAAGUCUCCGCAGAGGGCGCAGUCUCCUCCGUUGCUCAAAACCAGUGACUUUGGCAUGCAUCAGCAACCUCAUCCUGCCAUCUUGUUAUCUGCUGCCCCGAGCAAGCUGUCACCGUUACUACAGCGUCGCAACCCAUCCCCUCCGGCGCGCGCUGCUUCGCCAGUUUCCAGAAGCCAGUCUAACAAGAGGUGGUCCUCCAGAUCCCCGUCGUUAAGUCCCGGUAGGCGGAAGGCGGCGUUUGAAAGCAGAUCUCCAGUGGGACCCAAGAGGUUCUCUCCCAGAAGACGAGUGUCUCGUUCCCCCAGUCAAAGUACAAAUGAUAAGAUAUCUCCUGUAAAGGAGCAAGUUCCUGAGAAGAGCAAGUCUCCCUUCAGUAGAAAGUGUUCUACGUCGCCAAACGCCAAGACAAGAAACAAUUCCCCGCACACAAAACGCACAAAGCGCUCCAGGUCUCCCUUGAGGGACAGGAAAAGGUCUAAAGGACAAGUGAGAUCUAGGAACAGAGAUGACAGGCAGUUCAAAGUACAAAAACCAAAAUCUGUUGAGAGAGAAAAGACUUCUCGGAAGCGCUCUUUGUCGUCUAACUCAAAAAGUUCCAAUCAUUCUUCUAGUCUCAGCUUAAGUCCCUCUCCUGAACGGAGCGAUGUGCCCACAUCUCCGAUACGCAUUACAAACAAGUACCAAGCUGUUAACCACAGGGCAGCGGUGAACCAAGGCUCCUUCAGGAACAGGGUCGGUACGGCAAAAGACUCUGAGAAAAAAACCAACAGAAGAGAGCGAGAAGCUGUGGAUCUGAACAAGAAGUUAUCCAAAAGGAGAAGUUCAUCUCGAAGUCCGGCGAAGACAGGGGAGACGAACUUUGACGGGAAAUCUCACCAGCCGAAGCAUUCGUCUGGCUCCAGGCGGCAUCGCGCGCCGAGUGCGAAAGCGAGGCCGGUCGACGUCGAUCCCGUGGUGGAGGCGAGGAAGCGGAAGUUCGAAUCCGCGUGCGCGAUAGACCCGAACAAGAAGAAGAUCAGGCUGAAGAGCAGGACGGAGGAGAAGGAGAACGUGCUGGAGCCCGCGAAGGAAGACUCUAGGAAGGUGAGCGUCUGGUCGCCCGGCGAGGACGUGCUGCAGCCCGGCCAGGAGACGGCGAGCCCCGCCAAGAAGGUCGAGAAGAGCGACUGGGACGAUAUUGAAGAAAUGGACGAUCGGAUCCAGGAGCUGGAGAAGAAAGUGAACUUGUGGUCCAGUGACGAAAGUGACUUCGAGUGCCGCAACACAGAUGUUCCUAAGGGCGCUGAACGGCACACUCCUGACACGGACGACGGCAGCAGCACCAAGAAGCCUGACCAAGCUGCGCCCGAACGGAGCGAAGACAACGCUUCGGACACGGACAGACCCGAGAAGCGAGACAGAAGCAAACAGAAGACAGAGGAGGCGCGGAGUGGCCACCGCGCCCGCAGGGGGCAGAGGCCCGGCAGCCAGGACGCGCCCGCCCCGCCGUCGCCAGACCUCGACGGCCGCAGGACAGGCAGCGAGCAGGACCUGCGCGCGGAGCUCAGCCGGCGCCGCGCCGAGAGGCUCACCAAGGCGGGGUCGGUCCACAAGAGUCUCCCGGCCAGGCUGGUGCAGUCUGCCUUCCAGAGCGUGGUGGGGAGCAAAGCGCUGAGGAAAAUUGAGAAGGAAGACGAGGAGAGAAGAAAGAAGUUGGAAGCUCUAAAAGCAGAACGAGCCGAGAAGCCACGGCGCGUCACACUUCUCAAGAAGACGGACGUCGAAGAGGACGUCUCUUACUUCAACAUUACUUUCUCUAAAGGAUCGAAGCACGCCCAGCGCUCGCCGUCCCCGGUGAAGGUGCCCGUGCAGAUGAGGCUGGGCAUCCCGGUCGCCGCCGGCAACUCGCGUCGCCGCCGGGACAAGGGCCUCUCCGCCUCGCGCAAGCGCUCUCGCAGGAAGUCAAAGCGCAAUGCCAUGCUCUCUGGCAUGGAGCAGGUAACGUUCAACACUUUCCUCUUGACCGCGCACGUUCGCGUUGUGCAGUUGUUUCUCUUCUGCGUGCUGCCCUCGUUGCUUUGUACCUGUACUCGACUCUGUGUCGAGAGAAGUGCAUUAGCUGUUAGUGUAGUUUAGCUGCAGUGGUAAGUAUGAUUGUUAGCCGGAAUAUUGAAGCAAUUUGUAUAUUUUAUGUUUCUGGUGAGCUUUUUUUUAAAAUAGUUACUAAUUAAAAAAAAAUUUUGGAUGAUAGUUUUAACUGUUAUAAGACAGUUAAGAAAUUUGUGCAUUGAUAGUAAUAACUGGAGGUGGAUGGGAUCCUUAAACUCGGGAUAAAAGUCUGGAAAAGCGACUUGCCCAAACAUAAGGAAAAUAUUUUUCUCCUGGGGAAAGCCUGAUAUAAUUAAGUUUUCUUUAUCUAAGUAGAAUAACCACCACAACAUAGCAAACGAUUGUAUUGAACGGACAAAGAUGAUGUCUUAAUAACACACGUAAGGCUUAACUGUAAAACUUAAGUUCAACACUUGUUCAUUAACACUGUAGGCAUUGCUAAAUUAGGCAAUAUAGAAUAUGUACUCAAAGUGAUAUAACACAUUUUAAUCAAAUUUUUUUCUCUUUUAAAAAUUUAAAAAUCAUAACCUAACAUAAGUUUAUGUCUAAAAAUAAACUUCAUCAGAAACGCUAUGACCAUAAUUGUAUUAAUUUUUUUUUUUUCCAGGAAGACACCCUUUGGUUUGAACAGUUUUUAGGCCAUAACAUUUACUAUUUAUUUAAUAUUAAAAAAUUUACACUGUUAAAGCAAAUUAAGAGGAAUGACUGAAAUUAUUAGUGAAUUGUCAACAUCUCUAAUCUCUGCUUUUUUAAAGAUCGCAUAUUUUCUAGGGGUCUGCGAGUACUCGAAAAUUUCGAAUUCGAAUCGAAUAAUUGCAUAUUCGAAUCGACAUUUCGAAUCGAAUAUUUUUUUCAAUUAUUCGUACUCUCAGAUACGAAAAUAACCUAUCGAAGUUCUAUGGAAAUUUCGUUUCGUUAGCUGCCUCACCUGUACGUAACAUCGCAUCAUAAAUCCUGGCCUUGUGUGUAGUAAAAAGCCAAUAAUAUCUUUAUUAUAACUUCGACUUAUCUCUAUGUCAAGGUCAUAUUAUUAUGAUCAAUAAUACCGGGCGUCUUGAUCACUAACGUCUGUCAGCCAUCUUUCAAUACAAGCAGUUUUACGUUAGAGUAAAAAGUCUUGAUAUAACUUAACUUUUAACAUGCUACUUAAUGAUUUUCCCUUUACCAAAGAAAAUAGUUACCACUACGGUUUCAUUUUCUUUGUGGACUUAACCACGUUUAUCAUUACAUCAUCCAAUAUUAGACGUACAUUACACGAAUAUAAUUUUUUAAAAGUAUCAUUAAAUAAAUAUUUACACAGCAACGCCUCUCUUCAAGGACUGUGAUCGCUUGACGGUAAACGGACAGUUAACUUUAAACUUUGUGUGUUCUCAAACUCCACGAUGGCGGUUUGUACGAUUACAAGUCAAAAGUUUCCAUUCGUGUGCAGUUAUAUUUCAACAAUCAAUAUUUCGACCAUAUAUUGACUAACAUCUCGAGCCUCGGCAUUAAUCGACUGUUAAUAUCUCGGCGCCCGGCUUCAUUGAACACGUUUUCAGAAUUGUUUACAUCGUAUAUCCAAAUAAUUUCCAUAUAAUUAUCAAUUGAAUGGCCUAAAGUUUUAUCAUUAUGGCGGAAUCAAAAACAUUAAAGAGAAAGCGCAGUUUGUUGUGGCAAUAUUACGAAGAAGGCGAUGGUUAUGCAAAAUGUUUGUAUUGUCCACAGAAACUAAAAACACCUACAGGUUAGAUAACUUAACCUCAAAUUACGACUUAUUUACGUUAAUUCCGUUAAGGCUCUGUAUAUUUAAUAAAAUGCUAAGUACUAUUUAAAUAAAUAUUUGCUCAUUCGGCCCGCAUAAAAUAUAACUAAUUUUAUAUACUUUUCCAAGCUGUGCCAUGGGGAAGGUUAUUUACUACAGAAUGCUUUUAUGCCAUAAAGUCUUACCUUUGUUUUUUAUUAUACCAAAUAAUUAGGCCUAAGAGUUUAUUUUGAUUUUUUUUAGGCUCACCCAUAUAAUUAAAACUUAUGUUGCUAAAAGAUUUCUUUGAUUUAGGGGUAACCACAUCUCUGAAAAACCAUCUUUCCCAUCACCAUUUCGCCCAGUACCAGGAGUUUUUGAAACAGUCAGACACAACGUUUGCAGCUACCCCAUCAACAUCAAAUGCAGGCAAGCAACAAACUGUAUCAACCUUCAUGAAAUUACCACCACAAGGUAAAGAAGCAAAAACCAUAAAUACAAAAA